AUGGAGGAUCUUCCCGGCAGACCCCCCGAAGUAGUACCCAACGGAUUCUCUCACGAUCCAAACCAUAAUAGCCUAUACGUAUUUUGGACGCACCUGGAUGAAUUGGAGUGGAAUGGACCGGACUUCACAUACACAGUGGCCAAUGGGCAUGGAAAAAAAGCAUUAAGAAUUGGAAAUACCUCUGCAGUCUUUGACGACUGGGAUGCCUCAGUUUCCACCACCGUUUACAUUUGGAGUGAGAACUCUAGGGGUCCGUCCCUCAACAAGAGUCAAAUAAAAGUUCCUAUUCUAAAAAACGCCAAUCAACACAAGCCGGAAAAUCUUUACUAUCGGAAAGAGAACCACAUAUUAUUCUGGAAUCCGCCAAACGACAAGAAAAACCUCGAUGGAUACACUGUCUACUGGUGCUCCGCCACCACCAACAUUCUUCAGAUCUGUGAUGAAAGUGAAGCCAUGCAAAUAACGUCCCUGGACUCCUCCCAGCUCCAAUUUCAGUUUCCAAAAUCCAUGAUCUUCUCCAACAUGGCAGUGGCAGCCAGGUACACUGACAAAAUCGGCGGUGGGAUGCAGUGGACAGGUUAUAAGUGGACGUCUAACAACUAUAAGGCCUCUGACCCCUCGGGAGCUGGUAUAAGUUACUAUAUAGCUCCCAUUGGAGUUUCCAUCCUAAUUGGUCUGAUCAUUUACCUGUACCGAAAAUACAAAAAAUGUAGCAAUAUCAAAGUUAUUGUUCCCGAAUUUUUGGAGAGACACAUGAUUGUUAAUACUCCUGCUCCGGCCGUCUUUCCUGGAAACUUAUCGCCGGAAUUUGUAAUGGAUGUAAGCCAAUUAAUGCCGCCCAAGAAAGCUCAAAUAGAACAAGAAUACAAAGACAAUGCCGAACCAAAAAAUGAUGCCCAAAACAACUUUACUGCCACGGGCUCAUACAGCGCCAUUUUUAAGAAACCCUUCGAAAAUGACCCUUCAAUAGCCACAGGCUCAUACUGCAUGACUCAUUUGUAA